UGCCGAGACCACGUGGCCUUGGAGGCGGCUCAGGGCGCCCUUGGAAGCUCCCGGACCUGCGGUCAUGGCUGGUCCAGCGCAGGCCGGUGGGUCCAGGUCCCUAGACCUGCUCCGGGCCCUGCCGCGUGUGAGCCUGGCCAAUUUAAAGCCCAAUCCCGGCUCCAGGAAACCGGCGAGGCGACCAAGAGGUCGGAGAAGAGGUAGAAAAUGUGGGAGAGGCCAUAAAGGAGAAAGGCAGAGAGGAACCCGGCCACGGCUGGGCUUCGAGGGAGGCCAGACUCCAUUUUAUAUCCGAAUCCCAAAAUAUGGAUUUAAUGAAGGACAUAGCUUCAGACGCCAGUAUCAGCCUUUGAGUCUCAAGAGACUGCAGUAUCUUAUUGAUUUGGGUCGAGUUGAUCCUACUCAACCUAUUGACUUAACCCAGCUUGUCAAUGGGAGAGGUGUGACUAUCCAGCCUCUUAAAAGGGACUAUGGUGUCCAGCUUGUUGAGGAGGGUGCUGACACCUUUAAGGCAAAAAUCAAUAUUGAAGUACAGUUGGCUUCAGAACUAGCUAUCGCUGCAAUUGAAAAAAACGGUGGUGUAGUUACUACAGCCUUCUAUGAUCCAAGAAGUCUGGAUAUUCUGUGCAAACCUGUUCCAUUCUUUCUGCGUGGACAACCCAUUCCAAAACGAAUGCUGCCCCCUGAAGCACUGGUGCCAUAUUAUACUGAUGCAAAGAACCGUGGUUACCUGGCGGAUCCUGCCAAAUUUCCUGAAGCAAGACUGGAACUCGCCAAGAAGUAUGGCUAUGUUCUACCAGAUAUCACUAAAGAUGAACUCUUUAAAAUGCUCAGUACUCGAAAGGAUCCAAGGCAGAUCUUCUUUGGUCUUGCUCCAGGAUGGGUGGUGAAUAUGGCAGAUAAGAAAAUUCUAAAACCUACAGAUGAGAAUCUCCUCAAGUAUUAUAGCUCAUGAAUUCCCUUCCAGCAAAGCAGAGUUGUAGCAGAGUACCAGAAAAGGGACUGAAGCAUAUGGAUUUCUCCAGUCAUUGUAUAUAGUCAUUUGCAUUUCAUGAAUGUAUAAUUCCUCAGCUGUUAGUUGUUAGGGUAAUCAUAUCUCUUUUUCAUUUUCAUCUAAAAUUAAAAUAACACUGCAGAAAAUAAGGACUGUACAUAGGAAUUGACUGUGUAGAUUGUGUGUCAAAGAUUCAGACUCUGCUGGUUGAUUGAAGGACAAUUAUAAAUAUUUAAAAAUAUUUCUAGUCCAUCUUUUUAUGAUCUUUUCUUUUCUGCCUUGUUAUUGUUUCAUGUCAGAAUUAACACCCAAGUGGAAAGAGGUUGAUUAGUAGGCCUGCUCAACUAAGAUUGAAGCAGGUGCUAAUGAGCUGAUAAAAUGAGCUCCUUUUAAUCAGUAGCCUCAGAGAGCUCUGCUACUCAGUGUCAAGAUCAGGAAGGUGAUCAGGAAAGUGAGCUUAGGCUGGUGAUUGACUUUUUUUUUUUUUUUGGUACCUAGGAUUAAACUCAGGGCACUUAACCACUGAGCCACAUCCCAGCCCCUUUUUAUUUUUUAGUUUGAGACAGGGUUUUGCUAAGUUGCUUAGGGCCUUGCUAAAUUGCUGAGUCCACCAUGCGGCCAGCGCAUUGGUUUCAUUAAUGAGGUUCUUGGCAUAAAAGUUAACUAGUGAGAUCGAAAUAAAACACACAGACUCCGUUACCUUUUUCUAUGACCAGGUCCGAGUCGGCUCCCCUCUCUGGCUCCAACCUCGAACCACCUGUAGGGCAGCAAGGAUUACUCAGGGCUAGCACGAGAGAGAGAGAGAGAGCGAGCACGCCAGGGAGUAGCCUUUUAUUGGGGAACAAGAAAUUCAGGGGAGAAUUCCAUCCAGUGAAGGUUGAGGGGGGCCGCACUCCAAGCUCAGGGUCAGUGAUUGGCCCCCGGGGUCAGUGGUCAGUCACACCCCCACACGGACGGGUUCUCUCAUCAGGAGAGGGCCGGGGAAAGCUCCGACACAGAUUAGCCAGAGCGCCUCAGACCCAAACAGGGAGUCGCCCAGUCACGUGUGAGAAUGGCUCUCCAUAGCUGAGGCUGGCCUCAGAAUUUGUAAUCCUCUUGUCUUAGCCUCCAGAGCUUCUGGGAUUACAGGCAUGCACCACCAUGGCAAGCCUAGUGAAUGACUCCUAAGUAAUAUAUUUUCUGGUAAUAUGGGAGAUUAGAGAAACAAGAAUUCCUAGCACUGAUGAGAUUAGACAAUAAUGAUUAACCAUUAGUAUUCUGUGUCUUAAAGAAAUAUUCCAACAGACAUAAUUCUACUUAUAUCAGACAUUGAAGACCUUUGUCCUUUAGUUAUUUCAAAAAACUUUGGAAAACUUGUUCAGUGGUUAUGUACACAAUAAAAAUGGUAAUGGGAAAAUUAAACUCA